AUGCUCAAGUUCACCGCAACUCAAAGGACAACAACACUGACACGUUACUUCUCCCCUCGCCGCAAAGCCGCAUCUCCCAGUAACCCAACGGCCCCAAGCCAGAAGCAGUUGACUCAGCAUGCCAUCUCUCACCCCGAUGAUCCCCCACGAUCUGACAACCCGUACGACGAGACCGGUGAACCUCCACAGGCCCUGCGCCCAAAGCAUACUGCUCCCUCGGCCGGCGGUUGCGGCAUCUCCAUCUUCAUCUCCACGAGAUGGAACCGCAAUAAGGCUCAACGGCUCUGGAACGCCGAACGCAGAUCCCUUUUUGACAAACUUCCCCGAUCGAUGGGGAUAUCCUUCAAUGGUGUAUCAUGGCCUCGGGGCGAGCAGUCCCACAAUCCCAAAACGGUCUGA